AUGGGUUUAUCCGUUUGGAAAAGAAACCCUUUUGACCAAAGUCUCGCGUUCUCUAUCUCCCGCGCUCUCGCCAUCCUUCCUCUUUCUUCGUCGCUCUCUGUAUCCUCUUUCUUUCGCCACCGCCGUCGGCGACCUGUGCACAGAUACCUGCUUCCACCUCCGCCGUUCUGGUUCUCCGUUUCUCAUAUGUUCUCGCUUCUUGAUUUCUCUUUAGGUAUCACUAUCGCCCUGUUUACUCAUUUUCUAGCAAAAUCAUUAUGGCUAGGUUUUCGCCAUUGUUCACCACAACGACCGGAAACCAUGGAGAAACUCCCACACUGUGUUUUAUCAAACAUAUUCAUCGGGUUUAGGGCGAAACAUCUUGCUAAAAUGAGGACUGUCUGCAAAUCAUGGAAUGCUCUGUUAUCUCAUUCCUCCUUCAUAAAAUAUCACCUGGAUCAUUCAGUUGAUAGCAACAAUGAAAUUCUCUUGAUCUUCAAAAAACCAUUUUCUUUCGACUCUAAACCAUUCACAGUACACCCCUCUCGAUCUCCCAAUCUGGAUCUCGCUAAUUUCAUCAAACUCCCACUUAAUCCCCAAUCUGAAAACAGAAGUGGCAGUGUCAUUGGAUCUGUUAACGGCUUAAUCUGCUUUGAAUACGGAUCAUACGAGUAUUCCGAUGUGAUCUACAUAUGGAACCCUUCUCUCUCUGCCUUAUUAACUCUCCCACCCUAUUCCUUGCCCUCUGAAUGUAAUGCUUGGAUCUGUACUAAUUUCGGGUUUGGGUUUGAUCCCACAACUGAUGAUUACAAAGUUGUAAAAGUUUUAGGCAUCAUUGGUUCAAAAGUUGACACUACAGAGUGGAUGCAAGCUGAGGUUUACAGCAUGAGAAAAGGGACCUGGGAGUUUAUCACUCAAAAGAUUCCAUCACACCUCACAAAUAUUUAUGAUCAAGAUGUAGUUUGUCAAAAUCGUCUUCAUUGGCUUGCUUGUAUUAACUUGGAGAUUGCUCCAAAAAGGAUAUUGGCAUUUGAUUUGGGUGCAGAGACAUUUCAUGAGAUACAUCUUCCAGAUUCUGUACUAGAUUACACUGUGUAUAAAAUCUCAAAUCUCUUAGGAGUUUUUACUGGAAAACUUUGUGUAAUGUCAAGUUUUCAAGCAAAAGGAUCAACUAAAUUUGAGCUGUGGGUGAUGGAUGAGUAUGGGGUGGCUGAAUCAUGGGUGAAACUUCAUGUCUUUUCCCCUUGUGAGUUAAUUCCACGUGGAAUCAUAUCACACAAUGAGUUCCUUUUUCAAGAUUUAAGAGGUGAUCUUGCUUUGUAUGAUCCAAUUGCAACUAAAUUCUUUAAGUUUCAAGGUGAAUGUAAAUGGAUACAUAAAGUUGUUCGGUAUGUUGAUAGUCUUGUUUGGGUGUCACCUGCCAGCUGCUGCAGCAUCUCUCAAUUUCAAUUUUGA